AUGAAACAACAGAGCUUGAACGAAAAAAAUAGUUUAGUAGUAACUUAUGAAGAAAAACGUCAAAAAAAUGAUGAAGAUGGAUAUAAAGAAUUACAACAACAUCGACAAUUAUUACGUGGACAAAGAGAACGUAAAGAACGAGAAUGUAAACGUGAAUUACAAUUACAAAAAAAAAAAGAUAAUCAAAAAUGUCAAAAACAAAUGGCAUUUGAAAGACAAUUAAAAAGAGAAUGA